CUCUCCUGGGUGGUCUCCCCCUCUCCUUCUCUCUCUCCCCCUCUCUCCCUCCCUCCACUCCUGUUGCUUAGCAGCUAAUAAUAGGCCAUGUUUGCACAGUAAUUUGCCUCUUCCUCGGCCAAUGGGAGCCGCGGCGCUUUUCCAUCAAACCAGCGGCUCGGGGGCUCCCCUCUCAGACGCUAGUACAGCCGGAUCAGCGCCGGACUCAGAGCUGCUUCGGCCCUUUAAACUCUCCCCGUUAGAAAAUCAUAGUGGCGAAUGAAGACACAAGGAUCUGCGAGGAUUUGGGCACAGGAUGCGGGGAUGGAGCUUCGGGACUUCGGCUCCGGGAGACACUAGCAUCUCUGCUCCUCCGUGGAUUAUCGCUGUUUUUGCCCAGUUCGCAAACCCCUGCUCUUCUUCCUCCCCGUUUGGACCAUGGCCGCGGAUCUCGGAGUCCCUGGAGCUGGCGUUUUUGGAGAUUUACCCCCCAGUUAUAGGCGCUCCCCGCCGGCCGCAGACUCGGAUUUUCUCCGGAGACCCAGUUACUGCCACGCCGCUUUCGCUUUAAAGCAGAUCUCUAAGGGGAAGGCGGUGGGCCAGAGGGCACCGCUCUGGAUCCGGGCCCGCUUCCAGGCUCUGCUUUUUUCUCUGGGCUGUCACAUCCAGCGGCACUGUGGGAAGGUGCUCUUCGUUGGACUGCUGGUUCUCAGCGCUCUGUCCGUGGGUUUGCGGGUUGCGGCCAUUGAGACGGACAUCGAGCGGCUCUGGGUGGAGGCGCAGCCAGUGCCAUCCUAG